AUGGCGACCGUCCCCGAAAAGCCCGAAUUGAAUCUGUUUGACCUUGCAGCAGUAGUUAAGUCCUGGGCACUUAACGCGUUCAUUGCCACCCGGACAAAAGAACAGAAAAAAGUCAAAAUUGACGACUUGGACAUCAAAGUUAACUGGGACGACCUGCACUGUUGGAGCGAGCAGCCUCAGUUCUCUGACUGCAGCACUGUGACGCUGCCCAAAAGUCACUCGCUGUUCAGCACAAACUUUAGGAACAACACUGACAAUGAACAGGAAUAUAACUUUCGAACAGAACGAGCUACUAGAUCAGUAGCUGAGAUCGAAAUUUCUCAGGGAUUUAUCUCGAGAAAAGAGAUCGGGAUUAAGUUGCAAGUAAGGAAUUUUGACUACUAUUCUCAUCGAGAACUUACACUACCUUUUCCUCCGGUACUGGUUUUUAGCCAUCUUAUCUCUGUUUUAGAAACCCAUCACUUUCAUUUAUCUAUUCCGUUUUCCGUUAAACCAGCCGGUACUGAGAGCUUAACCAAAGCUGUUCUAUAACAGAAGGGCUCCCUGGAUAUGGAUAUUGCAACAAAACUCCCUUAAGCUAAAGCAUACGAAAAACUUAAUCAUAGUUUGAGCGAGGAUUAGACUUUAAAUUAGAGAAAAAAUAUAACACAGGCGAAAGCAGAUUAGGAAUUCUCUUUGUCGUUGUUUCUUUCGCAACCGCAUGCAGUUUUCUGCCCCAUCGUUUGUUAUAAGGAACUUGAGCUCACGUCUAACGGGGCCUGAGCGCACUUAGGUCUUAAAAUAUUAUGUCCGCUUUGCAUUUUUUACCAUACCUCUGGGACAAAUGGGCGAAAACGUACAAAUUUUCGUUUCUUUUUCUACACACAAAUGAGUAUUCUUUUUUUAAACUAUCGUGAUCCAGGUUUGAGAGCCGGAAAGGGGAAGUGCAUUUAAUGUAUUUUAUCUGGUUCUGCCCAGAUACAGUAAGUGACCUAUCGCAUGAAAUGUCAACAAAAAGUCAAAAUACGUUUUGACUAGAAAAUAUCACUCAAGUUUUGUUGUAAUCUUAAUUAUCGUGCAACAUAGUCCCAGGAUAUUUCAGUCACGUCAAUCUGCCGGUCUUUAAAUAAGUUUCUUUCCCAUCGCCUACAAAACUAUGUCAGGUAUAAAAUGACCAAGGUCGUAUGAUUUUUUCAUUGCUUUCGAUGCACUAAACAAUUCAAUCAUAAUUCAUAGAAAGCACGCAUUAAAUUAUCCGGCCUUGUACACAUCUGGUAGAAAACAAUGUCUUGUUUAAACUAUACAUUCAAAGGAAGGGUAACUUUCAGUUUUAAGAAAGUUUGUCAUAAUGAUUCUCAAGACCGUAAAAUGUUCAUUAAAAUAUCCUUGUAUCUGUUCGUUUAGCAACAUCUCUCAUGAAAUAUAUAACAUAUUCCAUAUUCAUUGCGAGAGUAAAUGAACCGUUAGUGGUAUCGUUUUAAUGACGUGGUGGUUUAUAUGAGUUUCCUUACAUGGAAAGUAUGCAGCUUGUACUUUCGGAAUCCUGAGUGUAAAUGUAACGGCAGGUGGGAUUUAAAAUUACUGGGGAAUUAAAAGACGUUUUAACGCCCAACUAGAUGUUUUUUAAGCAUAAAAUUUAAAUAUGACGUGAUUUUCCACCGGGUGGAUGUAAGCGAGAAUAUUUGUCUUUACCUGCCACAUGAAACAUAUUUGAGUUCGUAAGUGCAUUGAAAAUCAGUCGAAAAUUUCAUGCGAUUUAAGUAGUCAUUUUUGUGGCGUGUAGUUUACGCAGAUAACCGUAGUGAAGUACAUAUAAAAGCCAGAAUCCUGUGGUGGGUAAAAUAUUUUGAGAUUAUGUUCUAUGAUAAACGUUAUUACAGGUUCACUUGCGUAAUCGAAAACGCAUUUCCGAAUUUCCGUUAACAUUUCAUGAGCCAGGUGGCAAAAAUGCAAGAUUACAGAAAAGCGCAAAACCUAGGGAUCAUACCAUUCAUGUAUAGUCACUACAGCGUCCGUCCACUUGCAUAUUCCCAUUAGUAUUCGCUGCUAAUUUUCACAUACUUGGCCGGUCAAAAUUGAUUCUUGGUUUUAAUAAUGGAUAACUGAAGUGUAAAUGCGAAUUUACCGCAAGAUAGACCUGCAGAUGGCGUGCUGUUGAGGUUCUGAGCCUUACCAGGAUAAAGGAGCAUUGAAAAGCAGCUUCAGUAGUACUCCUAUUUACAGAAUGAUUUAAGGCGUACGAGAAUGAGUGUUGAAGUACUGCAAAACGGCUGUGACCUCAUUCCCAUAUCCGGUGCGCUCAACCACUAAACUAUAAAGAACAGGGGACAGCCAUCGGAAAUUUAUGACACUGUCAAUAUGCUGUGCCCUUUGGAUCUCGCAACAUACCCGUUUUGCAAUUGUCAUCCCAGUCGAAAAAAGAGUACAUAAUUCAAAUAAAUUCCCCAGCAAAGCAUCUUGGCAAAAUUCCUUGAGCAAGAGUAACAGGAGAAUGCUAAAAGCAGUCAAAGAAGUCGGACAGUAGAGUGUACAUUUACGCACACUUUCAGACAUUGAAAAGCUCUAGAAAACGACGAUGGGAAACGCCGCACAAAAGACCUGCGAAGAUUGUAAAUCGAAAGGAGGACAAGCGGAAAAGUGAUCAUGAUGACAGAACAAAAAAUUACACAGAUUAUGAAUUCAAAAAAGCUACUCUAAAAAUAUUCCUAUAAAAAGGAAGCGGAAGAGAAGACAAAAAUGAAAACAGUCCGAGGGCAUGCAUAAUCUGUUUAAGAGUCCUCAUCACAACCGAUUCCUUAUCAUACUAUCAGUGACAAUUUGCUCCUUAACAAAUGCACGACUGUUGGUUGUAAAAUAUUUUAUUCAUGAGGCCUGUGCAAAAACUUGAACGUCUUGCAUUUCUAGGCCUACAACCAUGAGCAUUAUAAAUCUUCUUGGCCGGCGUCGUAUCCAGAACCAUUUUAGCACUAUGCAUUUUAGAAAAUCAUUUUUAAAAGGCAGUUCCCUUCCCACAGGAUUCCGCAGCUUAUAAAAAGCUCAUCCCAACGUUGGAUUCGUUGAAAACUGACGCUAACCACAAUGGGACAGAGGAACACCUUCCAACUUGUGCACAAGCAACAGUAAGCCCACUCCCAGAGCUUCCAGUACUGUUGGGCUAUAAACAGCGUGGACAGAAGAAUGAUAGAUUGUACUUGCACAGAAGCCAGUCGGUUGAUAUAUCUUUUAAAAAACAUGGUCUACACGAGGUUGGAAAUCUAGUUUGGAGGCCUCAUCUUUGUUUUAGCAUGCAUCUCUUAAUUUUUAAUCAGAAUUGUAACGUCCAUCCAAAUGAUCACCAAGGCAAAACAGAAACCAUGUUUGAGAGGUUGUGACACCGUUUCAUUGGCCAGGAAUACGGGCGAGUUAACUGCAGUAGCUCGUAUCCGCUGUCAGUCAAAACUGAUCCAUUGGCGGUUAAGAACACUUCUACUAAAAGACAAAAGCGGCGUGGCAGUUGGGGGAAAUAUUUCAUCUAUGCUCUGCUUCCUCCUCCUCUAACUAACCUAGAUAGCCGAGACUGCACUUGCCCUCCCGAACUGUUGGUGAAUAGAAGCGGAAAACUGGACCCGGGCGAAAACGCCACCUCUGGGGACAUCAAAUACGAAGCUCGUGCACUUAAACCCCGGGGAAUGUGUGCAACUUAUUGUCGAAAGCGUUCAAAAGCAAUGGACGAGCAUCCCAAACGCAUUAAUCUGCUCGAGAUGUCAUUUCAUCACAUGUUUAUCAGUAGUUACGAUUACGAACAAGAUGCACAUAAAGACCAAAUCCACGAAAGGGCGUAAGUCUAACGACGAGUGCCCAUUCUUGUACGGUCGGACAUAUAGUGACAAGUUAGUUCUAUCAAAAAAACAAAUUAAUUGGAAGACAUGUUGCAUGGGGCAGUAGAUUAACAUUUGCAUCAUAUCAGAGAAGGCAGAAUCUAAUGUUCUACUUUUCAGUCGCACCACUAAGCCUGUUCCACUGAGAAGAUUAGAGGAGGAAAUCCAUAUAACCCGUAAGACACCUUCACGUCCACUGAUUCUUCCGAGGUAUUGGCCAAAAAUUGCGUUAUCUUAGGAAACCAAAAUCAAUGGAACGAUCAAAAUCGAAUAAACCUGUGAGCAGUUGCUUCCUAUUGGGGAAUGAACAAUGAAACGAAGAUGUCGCUGCACAACUCAACGGAAUUAUGUGGCCCCUAGCUUUAUAUCCAUCUCCCGUCAGAUCCAUUUUGGCACAUUUACUCAGGAGGUCUGGUAGCAACUUAGCGUGUUGCGCCGUUGACAACCUUCUCCUGGCGUUACCUCGAAACAGUAUUCGUGUUUUCCCCAUCAUUUUGUGGAGCGAGUAGGCAAAUGUAGUAACUGCUGCCAAAUUACUCUAAAAAUUUUAUUUCUCCAAUUAUCAAUCACAAUCUGUGGACUAGAAAGAAAUCCGAAAGGUUAGUUUUGUGCGCUGUUCGUGCUGUGCAAGCGACUCACACAGUAUUCGGAACCAGGUAGGAAUCACGGACGACUCCUUUGAUGUGUUCACUGCACACCACACGGUAGGACUGCCUGGGACAUGUACCGAGUUGAGUUCGUGUCAACACGUGGCUGAAGUGCGCACGCGAAGACCAUAAAUCAGCUUCUUUUACAAAUUUGCGGCUUACUCAUCCUUCUAGUGUUAGAAUGAUUGAAAAGAUUCCAGUAAAUAUCAUUUGCUUUGGAGGAUUUUUAUCUCAUAUUUCAUGAGGUAGGCUUUAGAUUAUGAUUACAGAACAAUAUGGAGGUUAAAUUUCCCGAGCCUUAUUCGUAAUGGGGGCAUCUACAAGGAUUUCUAUUGAGCUUCGGUGGUUAUGUUGGCAGAAGAGAGAGUAUGAUUUACACUUACAACUUCAAUUAGAUAAAAAACCAAUAUUGAAAAAAAUAAUAAGUUUACGCGAACUCAACUCGGUACAUGUCCCAAGCAUGCCUAUCGUGUGGUGCGCAGUGAACACAUCAAAGGAGUCGUCCGUGAUUCCUGCCUAGUUCUUCCAACUGCCACGCCGUUUUUGUCUUUUAAUAGAAGUGGUCUUAGCCGCCAGUGGAUCAGUUUUGAAUGACAGCAGAUACGAGCUAAUGCAAUUAACUCGCCCGCAUUACUGGCCAAUGAAACGGCGCCACAACCUCUCAAACAUCGUUUCUGUUUUGCCUUGGUGAGCAGUUGGAUGAGACUUAAAAUUUUGAUUAAACUCUAAAAGAGACAGGCUAGAAACAAAGAUGAGGCUUCCAAAAUAGAUUCCCAACCUCGUGUAGACCAUGCUUUUUAGAAGCCAUAUCGACCGACUGGCUUCUGUGCAAGUACAAUCUAUCAUUCUUCUGUCCACGCUGUUUAUAGCCUAUCAGUACCGGAUGCUCUGGGAGUGAGCUUACUGUUACUUAUGCAUAAGUUGGAAGGUGUUCCUCUGUCCCAUUUUGGGUAGCGUCAGUUUUUCACGAAUCCAACGUUGGGAUGAGCUUCUUAUAAGCUGUAGAGUCCUGUGGGAAGGGAACUGCCUUUGAAAAAGGAUCUUCUAAAAUGCAUAGUGCUAACAUGGUUCUGGAUACGACGCCGGCCAAGAAGGUUUAUAAUGCUGAUGGUUGUAGGCCUAGAAAUACAAUACAUUCAAGUUUUUGCACAGGUCUCAUGAAUAAAAUAUUUUGUAGCCAACAGUAGUGCAUUUGUUAAGGAGCAAACUGUCAGUGCUAGUAUGAGAAUAAAUCGGUUUUGAUGAGGGCUCUAAAACGGAAUUUGUAGUCCAUUGGUGUUUUUGCGUCUUUCCCUUCGCCGUUUCUGUUGGAUUCUUUCUUUUCGCUGUGCCUUCCAGUUCUCUGCGCUAUAUUCCUUUUUUGCCAGCUGUUUCCACUGGGUUGAAUGUUUCCACCACUAGCUCCUAAUGGAAUACCUAAAAAGAGAAUGCGGACUAGAAUGGCCAUUUCGCGCUUAUCAGCCGUCAUCAGCCGACUAUACCCAGUCCCGGGUGUAAAUCACCUGGGAUUCGAACGCGGUGUCUUUGGUCACGCAUUCAAACUCCACACUGUUGAGACACGAGUUCAUUUUCGUGUCGGCUGUAAUCAAACGUAUUAAUUAUGAUGAAGUGGCGCUCACCUAUAUGUACAUAUUUAUAGACAAAAUAGCAUUACCGACAUGGACAAGGGAGACUGGAAUGGCUGUUUCUGGCGUAUUAGCUUUCGUCAGCCAGUCGUAUCCAACCCCGAUGUGUGGAGUACCUGGCGCUUGAUACCACGACCUGAUGGCUAGAAGUCCAGUGCCUCUUAUCACUGAGCCACGGGCUCAUUACCGUGAUUUGGUUCGGGAGUGAGCCCUGAUGCACAACAGAACGAGUGAGUUCCGUAAUACGAUCGGUGAGCGCCCCUCCAACAUUGUAUAUUCCCGAUCGCAACCGACAGGACAACGAGCCCGUGGCUCAGUGGUUAGGCCCGUCGGAAUUUAACGAACAGGUCGCGGGACCGAGCCCCAGGCGUCCCACGUUUCAGAGUGGGGUAUGAGUGGCGGACGACGGCUAAUAAGCCAGAAAUGGCCAUUCCAGUCUCCUUUGUCUUUGUUGGUAGUGUUACUCUGUCUGUAUUAUGCGCCGCUGUGCGGCUGCUUGUUUGGCUCGAGAGAGAACGCGUAAGGCACAACGGGAAGAAUAUUUUCCGCAAACCGAUCGGUGAGCGCCCUUCUACCAUGCAUGCAUAUAUAUAUUUGAAUUCGAAAACAUUCAUCCCAAUAAGCAUACUUUGGAAGAAAUAAGCUCUUUGGGACAUAUACAGAAAUCUGAUUUAAAUUUUCGACUUUGGUUCCCCCAGUCAUCCUCAGACGUGAAGUAAAUGUGCAAAACAGUUAACAUUUAAACAUGUCUAAUAAUCGAUUUUGCCCUGUCACUCCUGCUGGCGUAAUGUUCUAAUUGGCCAACACAUUUUCCACUUUUCCUUGAGGUUUUUGUACACAGCAUCCAAUUCUACGUGUUGAUUGAUGCAUGCGCUAUCAGAAUGGAUGGCCUCUAAAAAUUCGCGGCGUUUCUAAAGUGAGUCUUGUCUUAGGCGAAUUUGGGUCCAGGUUCCGGCUUACGCAUGGCAAAUUGGGACAAGUGGUCUCGCCUUUUUACAGCUAAUUGAUGUUCGUGUACCCGUGUAGGGGCCGAUUUCCCAGUUUGGCCAUAGUAACUCGCAUUAGGGGUGUCGCGUGGUAGCUUACAGACGACCUACUUCUUAUUCAAAUAGCCAACUCUCUCUUUAGGGUGUACAAGCUGCUUACGGAGUGUAGUCGUCGGCUUGUGCGCCACAUGUACUUGGUGCUUCCUCAGGUGUCUUUCGACCAGUUCGGAUACAUUCUUAAUACACAGGAGUGUUCGCCAGUUUUUUGGUUUGGGCGCCUGAUCGGAACAAUCUAGUUACCUGUCUCUUUAUUUUAACUCCUGUCGUCCUGUGUCCAGUUUGAACAAAUAAUUCAGUCCUGUUUGAUAGGUUUCGUUGUCAGAGCAGUGAGCUCUUUCUCGGUUAAGGAGGCUGUUCACGGCAUUCCGUUUGUAAGAGAUCGGGCGAUUUCUCUCGUACUGUAAAAAAAUUUCCGCGUAGGUUUCCUAGUGGUAAACUGAAGUGUGAAAGGUCCGUCAAGCUUGUGCGCCACAUGUAUUUGGUGCUUCCUCAGGUGUCUUUCAACUAGUUCGGACACAUUCUUAAUGCACGGGAGUGUUCGUCAGUUUUUUGGUCUGCGCGCCUGAUCGGAACAAUCUAGUUACCUGUCUCUUUCUUUUAACUCCUGUCGUCUCAUGCAUCAGUGUCCAGUUUGAAUAAAUAAUUCAGUCCUGUUUGAUAGAUUUCGUUGUCAGAGCAGUGAGUUCUUUCUCGGUUACGGAGGCCGUUCACGGCACUCCGUUUGUAAGAGAUCGAGCGAUUGCUCUCGUAAUGUAAAAUAAUUUCCGCGUAGGUUUCCUAGCGGUAAACUGAGGUGUGAAAUGUCCGUCAAGCUUUCCCCGUACCAGGACAUCAAGAAACGGGUGUUUGUUGUUAGCCUCUUUCCCGAGUGUGAAUGUGAUUCCUGCAAAUGUUCAUUUACUAAUGCUGUGGAUUAUUUCCCGCUGAUCAGUUGAUGACAAACGUGUCAUCAGCCUAGCGUACCCAUGAUUUGGGGUUGACUAAUGGCAAGGCGGUAACCUCUAAUUUCUGUAUAGACUUCUGCGAGAAAUCCAGAGACGGGGGAUCCCAUGGCGGCUCCCUUCAGCUGUUGGCAGUAUUCCUGUGAAAAUAAAAAGUUCGUUACCAGACAAAGAUAAAAGAGUUCUAGCAAAGCAGAUACAGGGAUAUCCAUGUCGUAGGACUGGAGACGUUCCUCUGUACAUUGUCUUGUUAAAUCCAGUGGUAUGGAAGUAAAUAAAGAGGCGACAUCAAAAGAUACCAUUAUUUCAUCUGCUGCGACUCUCAGUCCUUGUAAUUUGUCCAGAAACUAUUGAAUUAUUGGUUGACGUUUCAUCAUCGGAGUAGACAUUUAGAAAUCUUGUAAUUAGGUCCACCGAUUAACGAUACUAUCGGUCGCAGUGGUACUUCAGGUUUGUGAACCUUAGGUAGUCCAUAGAUCUUAACAGUGGCUGGUUCAGUUUGUCGUAAGGAUUUGAUAAUAUUUCCUGAUAUUUGCUCCUUUUCUGUAAGACGUUUAAGAACUUUUUCAAUGGCCGUACUCUGCGCUUUAGUAGGGUUCGUGGUAAGAGGUUUAUAGAUUGAUGACAACAUCUUUCCGUUGUAUUCUGCUUUGUUCAAAAUCGCAGUUGAGCGUCCUUUGUCCGCAGGAAGUAUGGCAAUGCUUGUGUCACUGUUUAAUGCUUUUAUAGCUAUUGUUCCUUGUGUGAGAGCAUUGAAAAGGGUUUUCGGCUCUUUAAGGCAUGUACAGUGCUAUUCCGGAUUGUGAAGCUUUCAUCGUCCAAGUUUGCAAGGAAGUCUAGGUAUUUCGAAUCGGAUAGAUUAUAUUUCAUUCCCUUAGAAAGUACAGUCUCAUCGGCUGUUUUAAGUCUCCUUGCUGACAGGUUUACUACCUUCGUCAAGCAAGUUUGGUUUGCAGGAAUUCGUUGAGAGAUGGCCAUCCAUUUUUGCCUAAGACACCCCUUUUUCUGUCUUUCGAUGUUGGAAACACAGGCAAUCGUUUCGUUUAGAGAUUCAACUAAUUGUGAAGGGAGAUUAGCUCGGCAGAAUUGCUCAUGUUGUUCUUUGGAAGCUCGGAAUUUCUGAAGUCUCACUCCGCCGGGUACCAAAUCAGAUUUUGGAGACGAGCGUCGGCUUCUCCAGUGCGUGUUUGUGUGUUAUCUCCACAAAUUUUCCUCCAUUUUUUCGUGUGCGGUGUUGAAUGCUUGACAUUAUACUGAACGCAGUUCGUGGACGCCAGGCAGGUAGCAAGCCGUGAGGGUGUCUCUUCUACAUGCCAUUUUUAGUAUGAGUUUAGCUGUAUUUAUGGAAUCCUCAUAAGCAUUCGGCUUUUGCAUCACACUAGGUUUCCAGAGAACGUAGAUCCUGCCUACUACCGCAUACUGACUUCUCGGCUACACAGAUAAAAUGGAUCUUUCUCGUUAGCUGUCAAUUCAGAUUACAGCCGUGACCUGUUUUCAUUGCCAGUCCUUUCAUCCGAUUGAUCGAUUGUUUGGGGAGGCUACAGUCCCUGCAGCCAAUUACACUUGGUUCUGCUCCUUGCGACGUGUUUUGGGUGCCACGACUCUGUUGUGAGCUUAAUCGCAAUUUACGACUCUUGUUGGGUUUAGUUUAUUGCUUGAGGUCAGAAAGCAUCCGGUCUAGAGUAUUUCUAUAGCGCUCCGUCCCUUAGACCUUCUGAAAAUAAGUACGCCUUUCUUAAUUCAGACGGUCUUUAUGGGACCAACGUUUAUGAUAGCAAAUAGGCGCAAUAUCAAAAAGAGGACAAAUAAAGUUUAUAUAGGCCUUCAUUUGUUCCUAUUGUCUCACUCCUCCAGGUACCAAAUCAGAUUUUGGAGGCAAGCGCCGGCUUCUCCAAUGAGAUCUCUUUGAACGAGACUACUCGGCAGACGGUGGAGGAAGAACUAGUCUGGGGCGUGGAUACCCGCAUAGUUGUUCCGCCGCACAGCACUGCCGAGGCUGAGGUACGUUCAUCCCUUAAAUGCUUUGGCCUGAGCGUGAUGUCCUGUGCAGCGAUGUUAUCAGCGUCUUACCUCAAAGCAAGUUGCUUGUAGUCAAUAAUACCUAAAUCAUCGAAACUUUAUCAACAUCAAUAUUUUACCUGGUCUGAGCAUUGUCUGGUGGUUGACUUUUCGUGGACACCAACGAACGUCCGUAAAACUUUCGCCCAUCGACAUAGGCAGCCCAAUAAAGCGGUCUUAUUCGAGAUAACGGAGCUUUUAACUAAGGUUUGGACCGCUAUUUUUUUAACCACGGAGAAUAACAGGAUUCCGGUUGUCCGAUGCUUAGUGAACGGUUGAUUGGGCACAAGAAUAUGGACCCACGCGUAUUACAGGCGGCCUUUCCCUAAAUUCCAGGGGGGUUAUAGUUUGGGUUAUGGCUAGUAUAGGAGUUAGGUCUGGUACUAACGCUAGGGUUGGGGGCAGAAAGGCUGGUGAUAGGUUACGGCUAUGACUUGGGUUAUGACUGGAAGGGUCAAGGCCAGAAUUAGAACACGGAGGUAUGAAUUCACCUGGGAUUUAUCACGAGGCCACCUAUAAUACUAAAGAGUCCAUAUUGCCGUGACCGAUCGAACGGUUAUUGGAAUCCUAAUUGGACUACUGAUGAAGACUGGCUCCAAAUACUUGCAAAGAAACUAAGAGUUAAUUCAGGCAUAUAAGAAAGCAUAUCUGUUAGUGUACCUGGAGGGCCCUACUAGGAUCCGUGUUACCCCGCCUUGCUCCUGUUUAUUUAAGCCUCCUCAGAAAGGAGUGUGGUCGUACGCGCGUGGAAAUUCCAAUUGUAGAAUCAUUAUAAGCAUUCGGCUUUUGUGUCACACUAGUGUUCCUGCGAACGCAGAUCUUGCCCAAUACUACAUACUGGCUUCUUGAUUACACGGAUAAAAUAAAUAUUUAUCGUUAGCUGUGCAUUUCACCUUGUACGAACAGAGAGUAAAACGCAUAUAUAAAUGUGAGCAAUACUAGAAUGACCGGAACCGAGGCAGGGAGAAUCUUAGUACGCAUUCGGUUUGACCGUGACGCGCGUGAAAACACACUGGCUGAGACUGUAGAUCCUAAAUUGAACCUCCCUAAUAGAUGUAGGAGAAAGGCGGAAGGAACAGAAAACGUAUAUUCUCUCGGGUAGAUCUGCUUGUUCGUCGUCCUUGCAUGAAGCCCGGAGUCUGCAAGUGCAGCACUCCUCGGGCGCGACUACUAAUCCGCAACUAAAUUACGCCUCCUCCGUUGUCGUGACCCUGACUGACAUUCACAAUGUGGGUCAGGUGUGUGCAACAGCGGACGUUGAGGGCAGAAAAUCCUUCAAUAUGGCCAAGUUGGGAGAAAAAACUACGCAAAAAUAUCUUGACUCAUUUUUUUUUUAUGCUGUUAAUGGUUUACGCUCUGACGCAGGUAACGUAGCGAGGGGGAGCACUUUUGAUGCUAAGCUUCAGAAAAUUCUCAAAUGGACAGUUAGCAUGAAAAGCGGUUCCUCACUCGCCUAGACCGAGCGCCCAUUAGGCUUCGUUCUCAGCUAUGAAAAUAGCACAGCCGAUUUUAGAUUUAAUAUGGAAAGACAGAUGCAAGCGACAAUGCUGGUGUCCCUCUAAAGUCUUUUUCGUCCUUUCGGAGUAGUUUAACAAGAUGAAUUGCGUGAACUACUUAUGGUGUGGUGUCACGCUUCAGUUGAUCAUCAUAUAUCCAUUAGAACAUUUUAUGAACCCUAUAUGAUAUCCGCCUAAUAGCACAAAGGAAUGUAUGAUUUUUCUUAUACCGAAAUUAAACAGUUUGCAAUUUGGAAACCCUAAGAGCAAGUGCGACGGCAGGUCGAGUUCAAAAUAAUCCGGGAACUGAGAAUUUUCCUUGAAAUACAAAUUUUGAUGACGUAAUUUUCUACCGAAAGCGUAUGAAAAGUAAUAUUUGGAUGCAUGUUUUCUGCAAACUAUAUUUGAAUUCAUGGUGGCAUCGAAAAUAAAUAAACGGAUCCAUGUUACUUGGGUUGACGCUUGCUCAGCGCAGUACUUUCAUGCAGUCGGGAAGAUGCGCAUUCAAAAGGCGGCAUUCUGGGAUUAUGUUGGAUGAUAAUCAAUAUUAAAAACCCAUCUUAUUAUUCCUUUUAGUCGAAAACAUAUUUCAGAAUUUCGGUCACCACUCACAACGAUCGACAAAUAAUAUUGAUAAAUUCAUAGAUAUUUUGGCAUAUUUUGAAUAAUUCAUAUUGACCCAACUGUGAAAAACUCGGCGCCUCGGUGGGAUUCGAACCCACGCAACAAGGAGAAUGUCGGGCGGGUAAACUUGACCCAAAUGAGAUUAAACUCGAGUCGUCCGGCGGGACCUCGUAGCUCAAGUGGUUAGAGCGUUGGCUGUACUAAAGCCUUCUCCUUAUUGCGUGGGCUCGAAUCCCACCGAGGCACCGAGUUUUUCACAGUUGGGUCAAUAUGAAUACUGAUAAAGGCAAAGAAAGUUAAAAGGACUAUUUUUGUCUAUACCUUGUCAUCAAUUAAUAUUAAGCAACGCCAAGCAGAUACCCACGAUUUUAAGUUAAAUCACAUCACAGCGAGUUGUUCAGCUCCAACAGUUCAACUAGGAGAUAACGUCCUUCCAGCUGUCGUCAGAAGUACUCAUUCACAUAUGGGCUGCAUUCACUGAUUCGCCUGGACUUUCGGAUGCAGACGGGUGCUUCUUUCUUUCUUGGAAACCUGGAUCAUAAUUCUAGCGGACUCGAAGGCCAUCGGAGGUAAAUACUCUCGCCCUGCAAUCAGGGAUAGGUCAUGACAUUCCCACGAAACAGGCUUUGACAAAAACAGGGCUAACCCUGUCCAGAACUGCAGCUUCGCGCUUCGAAAAAUUUACAAAGAUAAUCUGGUGGCGUAUAACUGGCACGAACUCCGAACAUCUAUACAUUAGAACUGUAAGUGGUAAGUGAAUCCGAUGAAUAUAGUGUUAGAUAGGACUCUUUUUAUCGCCAGCCAAAGCAAAGAAUUUAAAUUCGCAUUGGAAUCGAGCCGGGAGACAUUUGACAUAUUUCACACGCGAGACCGAUCAAUCCGGAUAGGGAGCCUUGCUGUGUUGCGUUUUUAAACAAUGGACACUGAAAACUUGGCUCUUUUGGUUUCUUGAUUGCCGGUUAUAUAUGAUUCCUUAUGAGAAAACUGAACUGGUAUGCAUUCCGAGGUCAAGUAGGGAAAAAGAGGAGGCUUUCAGGGAAACCCGUGCAGGUUAGAUCAACCCAUUAUCAGUCGAUAUUAAACAAGGUGUGGGAUUAUCGCACCAGGGCAUAUCUGCUGAGGGUGCUGGUUUCAAUGGCAACUGCACUCCUACUUCUGGGUCAACUUACAGUUGAGCGAGUAGACCAAAAGGUAAGUUUCAAUCCUUAUCUUUGCUGUAGUUCACGUUAUAUGUUCCGCUUUGCUCAAAAAUGAACUUUUAAAUUCGUUACAUUCUGAGAUUUAUGUAUAAAACUUCAGGUUAAAGUGCUGGAGGAGAAAAUGACAACCAAAUUUGCAUUCGAAACCAAAAUGCACGGUCGCAUCCGGGCCUCGGUGCUCGACAGUCGUCACGAUAACCGGCACCUCAAGUACAUUGAGAACGACAUUGCGAGCAUUGUCUCCGAACACCUGGCGCGCCCUCGUCCAAAGGGCAAGGCUGCUCUCACCAACGUGGUUGUGCAACCGCUGACUGAGGGAAGUGAUCAGAAGGUCGUCGUAAUCACCACUAAGGGCCGAUGCGCCUUCCGAUUUGGGGUCAAACAAAACGUCGAAGUGAACCAGGUGAGCUCCUCCUAGUGCAGCAUAGCCAUGGUCGACCUUCAAAUAUAACACCAGAAGUCAUUUGCGAAAGGGAGUCGACUGAAGACCUUCCCUCCCGGAACUUACCCCUUUCUCAUGCGAUGCAAUCAUUGGUCAUUUGAGGAUGACACUAAAAGCUAGACUCCUAUUACCUCUUUCUCCCUCCCACCCCCCCCCCCCCCGCCUCCCCACCCCACUCCGAAAGCUCCUUUCAAGUACUUAUGUCUUGAACCCAGCAAACCCUUUUGAACAUUUCUCAAAAACCUGCAGACUGCAAAUACUUUCGUUUCGAAGACUUUCCAUGCUUCUUUGUAACAUUUAGAUGCUUUCACUUUGACUGACUCCGUGUUUUUAAUUGACAGUGGCAGCAGUAAGCGUGUCUGUGGGCAGCAGCAUUCGCGACCUUCACUUUUCAAUUUACUUCGUAGAUAUUCCGAGUUGCCACCAUCCGUGCCAUUUGCUUCUGGGUCAUUUCUGGCUGAGGGCGGGAAGGGCAUGACCAGGUGUUGAAGUUAUCAAAAGAACAAAAAACGUGUUAACCAUCACGCUUUGUAUACUGGCUAUUGUCCAGUUAGAGCAUUCCGUCUGAGAAAUAUCCGCUGCUUUGACUUUUCGGUUGAAGUUGGAGGGCUAUUAUCUCACCUCUUGUAGACAAAAUCAAAGUCCAUUUCAUUGAACUGGUUGUAACCCCCGCUUUUCGUUGUCAACCUGACCUCCGACGCAUUUACUGAUACUCAGGUCUCACCUUUCGAAUAGCCAAUUCAUUAUUUACGAACCGAAGUCAGGUUAUAUUAGGGAUGUGUCCUGUAGCCCUUUACGAUAUUUACUAUCGUUCGCCUGUUUAGGCACACGUUGUGCGGAGAGCACUUUAUGAGCACUCAAAUCUGACCUUUGCCGAUCAGCAUACACCGUAUUUUUGAACAAGUGCAUAAACUUAACGCCGGAAUCUGUCGGGCAUGUCAAAUCUCGCCCAAUCCCCGGAAAUACUUAUCGUGGUUCCAAGAGGGGUUCUACGAACAGCACACUCGUUUGCUUGCGAAUAUUUUGCCCUCUUCUAAAUUUAAAGACUUUAACUUGCAACCCGUCUGUCCAUCAACCGCCAUCGAGCAUCUCAGGGUUUUCGCUUUUAUAUCCUGAAACUUGCUUGAUUACUGUUUGUACUAAAUUAGGGGAGUAUUUAAUUGCUCCUUCCCUCUAAACUGUAAAACUGGACCGUAUGCUCGUAUGUGACAUGUAAAAAUUGCUAACUGUACGGAGCUGACGUUACUCCUACCCCCAAAGACGAAGUCUUGCAAUGUCACUAAACAGAUGGUGAAAGUGUUAGUGGACCGCUAAGGCUUGCGCUGAAUUUUCUUAGAUUCUACCUCUGGAAACCUGUCUUUUCGUUCGUUUUUCCCAAAUUUUGAGCUCUCUUAAAAUCAAGUAGCUUAUUGGUUCCAUUUUUUUAGAAAUAUCCCCUUUAGGUACUUCGGCUGAUUUAAUAUUUGAUUUUCUUUUGAGGCCGUGUGGAAGUGUUUUGAAUUAAUUUCUCGUUUACAGUGCGGACAUGCUUUGUGGCAUUUAUGAACACUGGGGUUACUUUUGACAAGGCUAUCUAAUAGGUCGCAUGCAAGGCCCAUAAGAGUUUAAAGUCUCAAAUCCGACCCGACAAAUAACACACUGACGGUUUACAAAUUUCUUAAACAGGUGUACGUUAGAAAGGUUAUCGUCUUAUGCUGUGGCGGCCUUCCCUGCUGAAUAUGACAAAUGAAGUGCCAUUGAAUAUUACGAGGUUGCAACUCCACUUAUUCAACUAUCGUUAAGCACAUCUGGACAAUUUUUCAAAAACCCACGAUCAAAAAUUUCGAAGUGGUUUCUGUCCUUCACACAACACUAUUCUGAGCCAAUUUUAAGCAACCUUGUGUCUUACCCCUCAAGCUCAUGAAACAAAUAAGAGUCCUCUUUAAGCCCAGACCCCAUAUGUCGAUUUUAUACAUUUAGGACGUUUAUCCGUCUAGACCUUUUAACCAAAAAACGUCGAGGUACUUUCAAUCCAUCUCACGCUAUCGCGCCUAUUCUUUGCUAAUAAGCCAGAAAUGGCCACUGCAGCAAUGAUAACCUGCCUAUAUUACGCGCCGCUAUGCGGCUACUGGCAGGGCUCGAGAGAAAGCCCAAAGGCACAACGGGACGAGUGACUUCCGUAGCGCGAUCGGUGAGCCCCCUCUACCAUCUGUGAUGAAUUUUCGAUCCUCGGAGCCAACUAUUUUGCCUGGGAGAUUCAGUUUUAAACAGUGUAAGUUGCAGACUAUAGUAAACUUAAGUAGUCAUUGUGUUUUAACUUCGGGAUUAUGUAAUUAGUAAGGUUUUAUUCCUCUUGAUCAGAUAAUGUAUCUUCUUCCAGACAGCCUUUGAAUUUCAAAUUUCUUAUAGUUGAUGAAAGAACAAAUUUAUUGCGACAAACUCGCCACCCACUGCAUUUUUCAUAGUCAAGCGUAAAAACAGGUCAAGCCUGAUAAAAAUGGCUCACUGAUCAGGACCGAUGAUAUCAACAUCCUUUGACAACGCAAACUGACAAGCUGGCCUACCAGAAUGUCAGUGCAACUUUCUGACUCUUUGGAGAGAAUUUAAACAUCGGAAAUGUGUCAAAUCCUCAACAGAACUAACAAAAUAUUCAAGCUUUCCUCUCUUUCUUUCAAACUAGACCAUUUGGUCCUGCGACUCAUCCUGGCACGUCUCAAAGGCCUUCGUACCACUUCACCUAAUUUCUACGCAGAUAUAAUGUCAUCCUUUCUUAGCCAUUUGGGGGUCAGGCCUCGUUUACGCUACCUCCCCCAGCGUGUUUAUGGCGAAAAACGACGGACUUGGAAGUCCAAAAUGGGAGGCCAAAAGGUUGCUCCGGUUUUAUAGGUGCUAACAGGUCACACGGUCAGAUACUUAAGGUCAGUACGUGUGUCACUUAUUGAUCGCUGCUGAGAGGCGUACUGGAGCGCCGACAGUGAUGGGCUGAAAUGGGUUGCUUUGUUUACCGGAAACUCACCGUUCGCACCGGUCGGAGCACAUUUACGACCGCCUACUUUGUUAGUGUUUACCGAACUUGAUUUUAAGGCGGAUGAGCAUAUGCAAGUUCUGCCGUUGGCACAGUUGAUGGCAUGCAACGAUCUCAGUCAGUUAACAACGUUGGUGCAUAGCGGUGUAAUUGACUUCCUAUGCAUCAGAUUGUCUGCAAAGCACAUCAUUACUGCUGAUGAAAAUAAUUAGAAGUAUGGUGGGAUUGACUUAUCUGACCUCCAAAAUAGGUACGUCCCGUCCCUGAGCAUAAUUCCGGAGAGUGCUUAAUAUUCCCGUUUCCUAACCCCAACCAUAACCCUAAUAUAAAACUAGAACGUUGUCCUAAUCUUGACUCUAGUCCUACCGUAAACCUUAACUCUGCAGUUAAAACUAGCCCCUGCUUUAACCCUAGACUUUGUCCUGACUUACAUUAUCGUUAACUUUAAAUCUAGCCUUAAACCUAAUCCUUGACCUAACCCUAACACUAACCUUACACUUAACCCCAAUUUCACUGGAAGUUGGCUCAAAGUCACCCCUAUUGUAGGCGGUUCCUGUUCUCAUAUCCUGUUUAAAGGGCCAUAUAAGUCACCAGCUUAGUGCGUAAAUGUUUGCUCACACCUGGGAAGCAUAGCCUGGUAGGAGGUUAAGACGAAUGCGCAAUCUUGUUAUAUAAUACAAAAGUCGAAAUUUGGUGUUCUCUAUGAACCAACUUUGGCUUAAGUCAUUUUGGUAAGACCGACUUAGAAUCGCCUAUCCUCCUGAAAUAGGCUUAGAAUUAGAUUGCAUGGUUUUCAGUUAGGAUUAGAGAAGUGCUCACGUUUACGCUUAUGGCUGGGGUAAAGGUUGGGAGUGCGGUCCGGGUUGCGUUUAGGAUGGAUGGACGAUGGGCGGCACUAAAUCAGUUCGUCGGAACUACAUUCUAACGGUCUAGAAAGUUGUAAUCACCAAGCUGAUGCAAAAUGAUGGUUGGUUUACAGUCAUGGAAGGGGAAUUACGGUGAAGAGGUUAUACCCCAUGAGAGAAGUCUGCCGCAAGAAUCGAGGUUGUAUUUGUCUGAGUUCUAAGGCUCGUGCUCCCGAAUGCGAUACUGGCUGUACAGGUGGGUGACGCGCUGUCCUAAUUCGCUGCUCCCAUUCUUGAGACGGGUCAGGAAGUCGACUUCACAGGUGGGUGGUUGGGGCUUGUACGCCCAAUGGCUGACCCAUAAACCGGUCUCCACUCCCCCCCUACCACCCUUUGUCGCCAGAUGGCACCACCCCGUUCUCAGCCAAUGAUACUGGCACUUCGACCACAAAGACUGACAGACCCCUUAAUUGUAAAUGCCUCAUUGGAUUCCUAGGCGGGCUGAAAGCUCACGCAAAUAAGAUGACGGGUCUGACAAUCGGUUGUUUGUAUUGUCUUCCCAAAUUGUAUGCUGCUCACGUCUUGGCCUCCAUCCCUGAUAAACGUCAAUAAAUGGAAUAUUUAAAGUAUUAAAUAGUCGCUCUUAUCGCCUCCAUUGUGUCGAUAGUGUCAGUGGCAUAAAAAGACCCUCGAGAGGUAUCAAGGGUAACAUCUAGGGCAAUGAGCUUUUGUAGCGUGUUCCGAUAGGCAAGAGAGAAUAGAAGGUAUAUCGAUGAUUACUUUUUGUGGGAUUUGGAAAACGCUAACCACCCCUUAGUGGACUUGAAGACCCAAAAUUAUCUACCAGUCUUGACGUCGAACGUUUAAUUUACGCAACUCUGUUUCUCACUAUCCAACCUGCCAUAACUAAUCGAACUAGUAGGGCUUAUCCAAGCGGAUCUGAUCUUCUCAGAACAUAAUUUGAACGGAGGACUACGGACAGGCUUCACUAACGGCUGUUUAACAUUGCAUUAGCUGAGCGUACAAUAGAUAAGAAGUAUUGCAAGUGCGCCUUUGCCAAGAAUGAGAAAGAGGAGUCGAGCAUCCUGCAACGGCAGUCAGCUUACUGUAUCAGAUUUGGCGAAUUCUAUAUGUUUCAGUAGACUGGACGGGUAACUUGACCCAAAUGUGAUUAAACUCACGACUCCGGUAGAGCUUCGUAGCUCAGGUGGGUAGAGCGUUGGCAGUACCCAAACCCUCCGCUUGCUGUCGUGAUUUCGAGUUCCACCGAGGUUCCUGAGUUUUUCACAUCUUGAUCAAAAUGAAUAUAUAGAACUGUUUCCAGCUCGACGUUAGGUUGUUUCUUCGUACAUACAUCAGAAAGUGUGAGUUUCUAAUCCACCUCUUCUUCUGUUAUGAAUGUGAUGCCUGGAAAUAGCGGCAUCAGAACACUUGUAUGCGACACUUAGCGAUUGUAGAAACGUGGUCAGCAACCUACCACCAGAAGAUUAUUCCAACUCUAUCAGUUGUUUUCCUCAUUCCCCCGAGAAUGAACGCAAGGGAAAUUUCAAAAACCCUGUACGAUGCUUUCUUUUUCAUGAUGCUUAACCGUCCUUUCCCUUAUGAAUUUAAGUAUGUCAAUGCCUGAACUUUUCAUGACACUGUAUGUACUAUUCUCGGUACUACACUGAUUCUAAUGUCUGUGUUUACGAGGUCAAAAUCCAGGAAAUAUCAAUUGUUAUCCCUCAUGAUCCGCUUGCCUUUCAUAGCCGCUUAUUUUGCAUUCUGUAUUUACUUCAUUGAUAAACCUAGGUUCACUUACCAAAACAGGCUCAGAUUUAGGAAUUUGCGAUUAUUUCGUCAGUUGAAUCAAUAAAACACGUGGGGUUAAAAUUAUUUCCCGUUUUACCCUAUUCCGACCUUGCUUUAAACUGAACUAGCCCUGUAGGGCUUGCCACAGAGAGGACGAGAGAGGCGAAAUCGUCGGGUCUCUAUUUUGACCUCAAUUUCUUGUAACUGUUUAUGUUUUUUCAGGCUAACAAGCUCGCAAAUGCCGUUUGCUGACUCCUCUGCCUGUGUGCCAGUCCCUACUACAUGUGUGGGUCUGCACAUAAACAUUCCGCUUCAGCAGAGGAAGUGCUGUCAGUCAUAGUGCAUACGCUACAACCCUUGCUGGAAUGAAAAUUCAUUCAGAUAUUUCAAACUUUGCGUAGGACAUUCGCUUUGUUAGGACGAGUGUAUUAACGAUCACAUGACAGUUCGACAGUCGAUUUAGACGAUUUCCAUCGAACAGGGACGGUGACUUGCGCGUCAAUUAGUUUAUAAUGAUAGAAGACUUGCACUGAAUCUACCGCACUCUCCUCUCCCCCCCCCCCCCAUCUGGGCCCGGUGGCAUGGCUGAAAAAGAAAACGGGGACAAGAGAGGACGCAGGUCCACAAUAAACGCAGACCAGGAUUUUAUAUUACAACAAAAUUUGGAGGAUGGCACAGAUCCCAAUUGGUGCGACGUGAGCUGGCAAAUGGGCCAGCCGCCACACCUCAAAUGUUGGCAUUUGUUAUGGCUGCACAUUCCUGAUAACGCCUGCCGGAGUCCCAUCUAGCCCCUGCGUUAGUCUAGCACAUCUACCGCGUGGCUUGUUUUAGGAACAAUUUAUUGGGUAUAAAUAAUUGCUCUCAAGGUCACAUUGUCGUUUAUUUUCUGCAAAACCAUCGAAAUGAACGAAUAUACCGUCAUUACUUCCGAAAAUAAAUUCCUCAGGACAAGUAACACCAAGCCUACUCCUUUUGUCUGAUACGCUGAUUGCAGUGAGUAUCGAAAGGUUUCCACAUAACCUCAUUCGGCGACAUCAAUAGGGGAUUUAUGUCAAGGGAGACCCAUGUCCGAUGGUUGAUUUCUUGAUUAUUUUGGAUGACGCGACCCUUACACUAGAACACAAACAGGUGUCCCAACUGGUGCUUCGUGAGCCGGCAGCUGGACCAACCGCCACACCCCAAAUGUUGACAUUUGUUAUGGCGUGCGAAUUCCCGAUAACGCUCACCGAAAUCCUAUCUAGCUCCUCUGCUGGUCCAUCGCAUCUACCGCGUGGUCUGUCUCAGGAGCAAUAACCACUUAUGGAAUCCAAGUAUGAUAAGGCGGAAACCGUGACUAGUUCCCCAUCAGGUCUAGGAUGCUAAAACUGGAGUUAACAUCAUGUCUAUGUGAACAUGCACUGUUCCUUGGAAUUGCCAAAAUGUAAAGCUUUAUAUGGUGAAGGGGUCUGCGGUCAGCAGUGAGAAUAGCACACUCCACGACCUGCCAAGAAAAUUCAAAAUUAUCGGCUAUGGCAUAGGGGAAGUAUGUGUUGGGCUACCUAGAUUAGCGUCCAAUAAAUGCUGUGGCACUCCAAUUAUCUCCAGUCAUCUCGUGUGGCUCCGUCAUCUCCAGUGGGCUUGACUCGGAUUGGCGACUGGCACAUGGUGGAAAAGAGCGUAUUUUCUUCAUAUUCGAUGCGCUUUUGAAUCAUCAUGAGGUGUCGCAAGCGGCGAUCUGGAAGAAGGCCAACUGGCUGAAUGACUCUACCCUCAGAGUUUAGAGUUUACGUUGUCACUGCUCUCGCUCAAUGUGGGAUGUCUGCGAGAUGUCAUAUCCCUGUCAUUGCAGUCAGGAUCAUGUGAGAUUAAUUUUUUGUGCGGCGAAAUUACAACUAAGUGACGCUUUUAGUGGAAAGGCAGACUGACGAAAGACAGUUAGUGAGAAGGCCAAUGAGCGGUCAACACGGGACAUGCAAGUUUCGACUGAAAUUGACAAAGAUGGUGGUGGAGGAUGACUAAUGGACAAGCUUAAGUAUAAUGAGGAAGAUUUUCAGAACAUCGGCCACACUCUCUGUGACUUAAUCCUUGUACAAAGCUCAAGACGACCAGUGACGAGGUAGGGCACAAUAGCUGACCGGACAACGCUGUCUGCGCAGGCCACGGCGUGGCCAGUUCCCCUUCCUCUUAGUCCGACCGGACUUCGUGCAUGUUUUGACUUUUGAGAGAUAUCCUUUUGCAAUGGUUGGUAAUCGUAACCGCCCAAUGGGUGGCCUUCAGCUCAGUAAUACCUCAUGACGAUAUCGAUAUGAUCCGGGAAACAGGGGAUGGCAGAAGUGAGUGGUCAGUCUCAUGCGGCUUAGCAGUUGACGUUAACUUCAUUUCCUGAUGGCAAAUCUUACUUCCCUCUACAGCUCAUUUACAAUGACAUGCUAUAAUCCGCCUGUCGCACUCGGUGUGGACCUUCCUAACCCUACGGAGCAGUGGCGACUUGGAAUUUAAGUGAACUCUGGUGAGGAGGACUUUCGCAGCAUUAACAUCAGUCCCUCUUCCCACACCAAUGAUGCUAGAUGUCAAAAAGUGUUCAAGAUGACUGGAUGGGAGGUCGGGUGUAACUGCUUACUGGCAGAAGGUCCCCGCUGUAUGCGAAAAACCCGGCGACUCCCAUAGUCACUUGUCGAACUUCAACAACUCGAAUAUCACAUGGAGUCGUAAUUGGAAUAAGUCGCUGCAACCUUGCACGCCGUCUGAUGGACUGAGUUAUCCGUCCCUCCGGCAACAUUUCAAGCCUUGAAUGCUAAGGCUUCACGAUAGUCCAAGUGUGCAUCGCAUUUAUUACGCCGAUGAAGACCUGUCUAAAAAACAAUUAUGUCAACGAUUUUUUUACCAGCCGCAUUCGAUGCUUUCUUAUUUGUCUGAGCCCAUUUAUUGUGGAAAUAUGUUCAUGGUGCAGAACUAAUGGGAUAUUUCGUUGUAAAUAUUGAUCUUCUGCGUUCCUUUUUCAUUUUUAGCUACAGAUCUUGCAUGUCUCAUCCGUCGUCCGCGAGCAGCCUGUGUCGUAGUAGAAAUAAUGAGGACACCUAGUACUGGUUGUAGUGAUCGUCUUAUUCCCAGGUAACCUAGCAGAAACGUAAAAGUCUUUUCACCUGAGAAGGUGUAUUUAUUGCCUGCCGUUGCUAUGGUUGUGGUCUGUGUGACCGUCUCCGCCCCCAUUUCCUGGUCAAGACAAUAAAUGCAUGUCGUCGUCGGGUCCGUCAACUACAGCUGCCGAAGCGUGAAUGAGACAACGCCGUCUGAGUCGCGGAUGACGUCAUUCGCGGUCGGACGAACAUCAAUUACGCUACAACGGACGGAAGCGAUGCCCGGCUGGCUCAGUAGACUGCAGGGGAGCUCCGUGUGCACUCCUAAAGAAAUCCAGGCCUCCCCACAGUCGGCGGCAGAGCAGAAGGGCACCGGCUGCGACUAAGCGCGUCUAAUAAAUCGAAUUGCGCUGAUGACAUGGCUUUGUGUAACGCUCAUGGUAGGGGAGAAUUCGCAUCGUCCACAUUGAUUCCCAGUUAUCUUAUUGCUUACAAACCACCACCGUUAAGUGUAAUAUCAUUUUCACAAGCCUAUCUUUCCAUGGUCCUACAGAAAGGCGAACUUAGGCUGUAUUGGACAGUCUGUUAACAUUAGUCGUCGUCUUUCUUCCUUGUACUCCGGCGGCGGGAAAGACCCUGCCUACGGUUGUUUCGAUGGGCGAUAAACGGCUGACUGGUGGAAUCCUUUAAACCCAGGCCCCGUUGCAUUCGACCCCGAUUUCCGGAUAAAUCCCUGAGUAAUGUUGUGCCUGUCUUUUCUUUUCUUGAAGUUUUUGCAACCGCAUUUUGUCCUUUCUUCAUCUGCUGCUGUUGCGCUGAAUACAUACACGACAAUUCCAGUCUGGCCGAUCCCCUCCGUCCACAAAGAACGAAUCCGUUUUGUGAGUGAAGAUUCGGGAAAAGGGCAAAUCAAGUGGGAACUUUGUGACAUACUUCAGUGAGAAUGUUGGCGCUUGAUGGGAUCAGUUUCAAGGCUGAGGGAAAACGUGUGCAGGACGGCGGAGGGGAGGUUAGUCUGAGAAACGAUCACCGUCACCAACUUGGUCGGGACAACCAAUUAAAUCGGGUGACGAUCGCAAUGCGGACGUAAGGCGUGGACGUCUGCGACUGCAAAAGUUUGCGUGGGCGUUUGCGCUUGCUUCUCAUUGGACAGAAAGCCGCGCCUUUUAUCUACCUCACCGAGCCACAGCAACCGGCGCUGAAAGUGAAUUACUUCGCGCCUUUCUGUGAGCACUCGCCGACACUUGCCGCAGAAUACGGGUACAUCGAAGCUUUUGUAAUUUAGAUCAUAUUUCGCUCUGUACGCUCAUGUAUACACUUAGAUUAUAUCCGGAUCUAAGGAUUGUUGGGUUAAAAAAGCCUCAGAGAACAACCUGCUCUUUUGGGAGCUAGUAAAACUCAAUUUUUUCGAACUGUGCACGGUCGAGCAACUGUCAAUGACUGACUUCAGGUGUCACAGAUCUCCUUCGACCUACAAAAACAGCUCUAUAUAAUGGCCGAAUGCUACCCAUUAAACGCACAAUCUGCAUAGCGAGUAGGCGCCUUCUUGCAAAGCUCCUGUUUUAGUGGCUUGAUACUCUUCAUUCGUCCAAGGAAUAGAUAUGGUAAAGGCGUGGAGUGUUACCUUCGUGGGCUAAGACCACCGAUUAAGGAGUUGGAGGUUCUUGAGGACUAGCAUUGAUAGGUGGAUAAAACAAGAAUGUAAGUGUAAAUGGGACGGGAUUGUUGAUAGUGUAAAGUGAUGGUGGGGUGCUUGCAGAGGAUAGAUGAAAACUGCCCGAAAUCAAAACUAUCCCCGCUCUGUUUGCAUACACUCCAGAGCUUUCCAUUCUUAAACUUUUGGUUUAUGUCAACCCACUGACCGUGCAGCCAGUUCUGGCAUUUGCCGACUCUUCUCACUCCGGGGGUAAGAGAAUCAUAGUAUAGCGGGCGCAUUAAUUGCUUUCGGAGCUACAGCAAGUCCGUUACCAAAUAGGUGAGAAAAUUCGUUCGGUUAAUCCGUGAUCAGGCCCUCUUCCUUCCCACCGUCUACCUUCUGUUGACUUCGCUCGGGGGAUUGCCCACCUAUUGUGGUUGUUCGUCUGGUCUGUAUUCUGCUUCUCAUUUGGUUAAACUUGUAGUUUGAAACUGUUCUAGACACGGAAUUGAACAUAUCCCUUCCUGAUCCACCUAAAUGUCCGUCCAACCACUUGGAAUGACGGCGCCUGGGGACUGUUGCGGAGUCCACAGUAACUUUCCUAUUUAACGUUCACCACUUUUUAAUGAAUACGCUGUAUUGUUACACUUUUGCUAAUAUCCGUUUAGUUUCUGGGAAGUUGUCUGUAAGCCUGUGAAUUGUGAGUUUUCUGGGUUUCUGCUGCAUAAGGACAGUUACCAGUUAUUAUAAAAGGCCCCGAACAUCAUACUGAAUCCGUAUCCUACUGCAGACCGUAAACCCUUACCGCUCCGGCCUCCGCCGUAGGCGAAGGUAUCUUCCUUACACUUCGACGGUUUCUUUUGUUGACAGGCCAUCAGGCAUGCGUGCAUUCGCCAAACGGUGGCCACCGAGUGGCAAACCAUCUCGCACACAGACACGCGUUUAUGAAUCAUCACAGUGCGGGCAAUAUGGUAUGUGCUGGCAAACAGGCGUGCGCCAAGGUGUUGAAGGGAUAAUGUCACGGGUUUACCAAUCUCCCACGUCGGACAUGGGCACCACAAAGCCUCCUUUGCAGCACACUUACGCGCCAGCGUAUUCCAGCAACUUCGGACGCAUUUUAGUCUGCGGAGAAAAUGCCAGUCGCAAGUGGAGAAUUCUUAGUCAGCACACACCCCGGUUGUGCCACACUGAAGAAAGCGACACCUAGGAGGAUUACAUGUUGUCUCAAAAACGGCCGUAGUUAGCCGUUGUAAUGCAUAAAGCCAAACAAAUUUCUAGUGGUCGGUCGGUCUAAGGACCUGCUGUAUUAUCUGAAAUGGGGGUUAUCGAGUUCAAUAUCGUUUUGUUGCUUACUUGUGCAGAUCAACAAUAACUGCCUAUAUCUGUCAUUAUCAUACAAAAUUCAAUUUAUUUGUAGUUGCAUCAAUUUCCUUAAGGAUGCACCAUAAUAUACAGGGAAUAACAAAAUAUACAAAUAAAACUCCUCCUAAAAAUGCGUGAUAGGAAAUUUAAAGCGUAGGAUUAAGUAUACUUGCCAAAUAAGCGGUUUUAAUGGUCUAUAAUACGAUCACAGCUGAAUGACGAACUAUAAAUGAUCCUGUAACACUAAUGCAGUAGUCUGGGCAGGUAACUUGAGCUUAAUGUUAUUAAAUUCACUUCGGUCGUUGGAGCUUCGUAGCCCAGUUGGCUAGAGCGUUAAUUGAACUCAAGUCUUGCACUUGCGGUCGGGGGUUCUAAUUCCACCGACGCGGUUGAGUUUUUCACAAGUGAAUUAAUGCAAAGGCAGUCUUAUUUAUAUUGCGAAGGCCCACAUUUGAAGAGACUACCAUGAAGAUAUUAGCAGAAAAUCUACCAAAACUUCCUAAAACGAGGUUGCAGCAUGUUGGAUGCAGGGGUGACUUCAGAUGCUUUUGAAAACAAAAUAAAUGAAAAGUUGUUACAAUUACUAUUUAAAUGGAACGAAACCGGCGACCUAAGCUGGGUUCGAACCCACAGCAGAAACUACAAGGUCUUUGUAUAAUCAGCUCUCUAACCACCUGAACUGCAUGGCCUCGAUCGAGAGCCUUGAGUUUCUCGCAACCGGGAAGUCAGUUAAAUUAGCCAGAUCGGCCAAAACGGUUGUGAAAAGGCAUUUAGUUUCGAGGGACAGACAGGCACGAAGUAAAUGCCGGGUAUGAAACAGUUUACCUUCAAUUGAGAAGGGUUAUUCUGCAAGAUAAAAUGGUCGGUUUAGUUAAACAGAACGUUUUACGCAAAAGGCGUAAUCGGAAGUUAUCAGCCGAUAAUGGUCCCACAAAUAGAGGAACUUGAGUGUUACUAACUGUAAAAAUUCUAGCUGCUCGAAAUAUGGUCCCAGUGACAAAAGUAUUUCCAGCCCCUUUCAGAGAACGGUCAUCGACAUACUCUGGCAAUUUUUAAAAGUUUAGUGCCCGGCAAAAUUUGUUAACUUUUAGCCGGAAUUAGGGUGUGUGAGAAAGUCGGCAGGAGUUUCGAGUUGGUCGACGAGUCACUGAUCCUGAUGAUUGCUUCCGAAUCUUUAACUAAGGAAACUGUGAAGUUCUAUCAGACAAUCAGCAGGAAAUAGGAAUUCCGACGAAGACACUCAAAUAACUCUUACUAAGAUGCACAUUAAAUGUGCAGUUCCUGUUUGACAAUCAACUCUAUAGACAAGUAGACGGCGUUGCUAUAGGCUCACCUCUUGGACCUCUCCUAGACGAUGUCUUCAUGGGCAAGUAAGCGAUCAGGUCGAAAAACUUGAACAUUACGGCCGCUAUAUUGAUGAUAGCUUUGCGAUUGCCAAAGCAGAAACCGAGGUAGAUGCCCUCUUAGACAUUGUAAACCAGGCACAUCCCUCUAUCAAAUUCACGUUGGAGAUCGAAAGGGCCGGUUCGCCCCCUUUCUUUGAUGUUCUUCUAAGCAGGAGACCUGACGGGAAUGUCCGAAUAAGCGUCCACCGGAAGAAAACCUGGUCUGGACAAUACAAAAACUUCACUAGUUUCAUACAUUUACAACAAAAACGAAGUCUAGUCGGAUUUUUGGCAAAAAGAGCUAGAAAAAGUUGCUCAACGGAUAGCAUCGAGGAGGACUUCCUUCAUGAAAACGGGUACCCGGACAGGUUUAUUGCAAAGAAUAUGGCCGAACGACCGGUAAAAGUCGCCACACUGACGACCGAAAAGAAAACUCUGUUCCUUAAAGUCCCUUUUCAAGAGGACGCUGCGAGUGAACUCCUAAGGAGACGCCUUGAUCAAGCUGUUUCGCGAACCUUCCCAGCGGCAAGGGUUCAAGUAUUCUUCCCUACUAACCCUAUUUUUCGCGGAGAAGGUAAAGAUAAGUUGCCACCCCAGAUCGCUUCAAUGCGCAUCUAUUCCUUCACUUGCUCCUGUGGAGCAGGUUAUAUUGGUCGCAAGAGUCGGCGCUUAUCCUAGAGAAUAAGGGAACACCUUCCGGCAUGGCUGGGAAAAAACGAAACUAGGAGCAAAAGCAGCACCAUUCUCGCACAUGUUGUCGAUUCCGGACAUCAUGUAGACCGCAAUGAAGCGUUUCGUGCGAUCUAUAAGGUCCCAUCGAGCUAUCCUAAAUUACUGGGACAGCGCCUGUUAGCAACAGCAGAGGCAGCCUCCAUCAGGUUGCGAAAACCAAUCUUGUACGCACAGAAGAACCACGUUCACGAAUCGCGCCUACAGUGGUGGAAUGUCGACUAACGUUACAGCUCUCCCGCGCCCUUCCGCUCUCACCCCGCUCCUGACACUGACUGCUAUUACCCUCCCCCCCCCUCUCCCACAUUCCCACAUUCAACCUGUGUUUUAGGGCGAACUUUAAUCAGUUUAUCAUAUCACUAACGUGUUUUUACUUCUACCCUCUUCCCAUAUAAUUGUACUGGCCCCACAAGAAUUUGUCGAAAGCUACGUAUGCUCGCCACCUCGUGUUCUGAUUACUGCUAUGGGAAUUUUCGCAACUCUAAAACGUUUUUUGCGGCUCUGUAAUGCAUGCUUUCGGAAAAUUAGUGGCCUCAGAUAGCCUAAGGCACUGCAGAUCCUCAAGGGAACCCGCCCUCGGCUGCAUAUCAGGUGUCCUUUACGUCGACCUGCAGCGCGUAGAGGCUGCGUAAGGUGAGAACAGCAGGCUGUCUCCUUACCCAAUUUUAGGGACACGUGUAAGGACCAGAUGGCAGUGGGGGGGGGGGGGGAACGACCACAGCGGCAGUCAGGCCGUGCGCCACUUGGCUGCCAUGACUACGAGCGUAGGGACACGCGCGUUUCCGGUUUGCAGGCGGUUUGUAGAUAGCUAAAACCCAAAUGAGACAUCAGCUUUGUCAAUACCAAGCGAAGAGGCGAGUACCAGGAAGCAGUCGUGAAGGAGACACGAUCGCUAGAACAAAAACCUUAUUCGCCCGACGUUUCGAGUUUCUGUUCAAACCCAGCGUCAGAGGUAGAAACAGACAGAGUUUUCGUUGUCGUAGUUUUUGUCGCUGUUGUUGUUGUUGUUGUUUCUGUAGUAUCUGUUGUUAUCUCUGAUGACGGAUUCCAGCAAAAAUCCAAAACGUCAGUCAAAUAAAGCCCCUGUUCCAGUGAUCGUGUCUCCCUCUUCACGAGGUACCAAAUGAUCCGUACUUUCCGGUUAAAGUGUACUUAUGCUUGAUCGAUACAGAACAACGUCUACGAUAGGCAGUUACGCCUUUGCAGGCUGCAUUGCUCAAUUGCUCGAUACCAAAUAUUUUUGGUGAAUAUUUUGAUUAAAUGACUGCAGUUUCGGAGUGCCUUAAUUUAGCCUUGUUCGUUUCCCCAAGCAAGUUUCAAUAACAUCCGGUAUAUCAUUUAAAAUGUCUGAAAACUCAAAAUGAUUCGUCCCUUUUUCCAAACGCUCCGUCAAUAUUUCUUAUUGCCUGAUGUUAUUCGAGAGGAAUUCCCUAUGGCUAGUCUGCAGACCUUACGGUCUUCGUUUGGCCUGUUAAGGUGACGAAAUAAUCUACUCCCGAACAGGCAGUGUCGCGCUUCGCAAGUCCCAAGUCCAGGAAGGCAGAACUACCCAAGCAAACUCUACUGAGUCCACAACAUGGCUGAGAGACGUACGCAACAUGAAUGUUCACCGGUGAGUGUCUGGAUGGGCAAUGAAGGAUGAUUGACACUUGAAACAAUGACAGGGGGAUAAAUUAUUGAAUGACUCGCGGCUACCAUCGCGCGAGAUGCGUCAUCAUCGGAGGCCAGCGGCGAGAGACAAACUUCAGUGCUGGGUUCACACCAUAAAGUAGUAUCAAGGCAGUUUCUUCGCCUUGCUCAGCUCCUAGUUCAUGAUAUUUUGAGUGGCCUGCGAAACUGCUUCCCAGACGUCAGAAUGACCAGCCUGGAGUUUCCGCGUGUCAAGACUUACAGGGGCCAUGAUCAGUCCCUUUCUCCAAGGGCAGUGAUUUAUCAAACUACGUUUCUUAUGACGUGACCGUCGUAAAACCAGCGCUUUGCCGCACACGCUGGUAUCGAAGUAGUGAAUACAUUCAGAUGCCUAUUCCUUGCUUAGGAUUGGUCGUCUAUUCUUAAUGCGAUAGCUAAAUUCGAAGACGGUGGUCAAUGUUUGCAGGAUUCGGGCAUAUUUCGUGAAGUAGGCCACCUACUGCACCUCCGUGGAAUUUUCUAAGGGACUUUGGAGGGAACAUGAAAAGCACUUUCGGGUGCAAAACUUCCUUAAAACACUGGGUGGCAUCUUGCGAAACGUUCAAGGCUCUUCUGAAAUAAUUUACAAAAUGGAUAUGGAAGAAAGGCAAAGUGUAACUGUAUGAUUUUUGAAUAGCGAGAAACUACGAUGGAAGUUCGGAAAGGAAAAAACCAAAUUCGGUCGGGUUGGCCACAUGUCGAAAUCACAAAGACCACCUUACUGACAUUAUGUGUGUACUGUCCGGCGCCAAUCCACCUAAUUAUGCAAAUACCCCAGCAAUUCUCGGUGGGGCUGCAAUAAUGGCAUCUGGUUGCACACUAAAAGCGCGGCCAAGUCGUUGGUUAUGACUGUUUUGAUAAGCUAAGAAGGCGCCUUGAUGACAGCUCUGCAUACGUUUGUGAGCCAGUCAAUAGCGGUCAGAUUGGAGCUGGGUAGACAUCGCAAUGCAAGCACGAUUUAAAACGCCAGAAAUCUGGCUGAGUCAAAAUUAGGACUACCAGUAGCCUGUAGAAGUUUAUUUAACAAUGCGAAUAAUUCAUAGGGCGCAUCAUUAGUUUAAUAAGAAGCAUCAGCAUAGGCUUGAAUGGACUUAUGAGGAGAGGGACUAUCGCAUCACUUGCCUCACUCUGUUUUCCCACACCCACCACUGUUCCGGUCAAUACGACUGGAGAUGGGCAUAGGCGCAGUAACUGGCCAGGCCAUAGCCACAGGUCUGCCACGCAGGUGCCGGUCCCUACACGCGCAAGGAUCACGCCUCGAAAACCAACUCACUGGCCUCUCGUCGAACAGAGUUAGCAUGAAGGCCAUAAUGCGAUGAAAGCAUCGCAAUCUGACCUCACUUCAGAAGGCGACUAUGUUAACCUUUUCGUUUGGGGUAAGGAUCAGGUGAAGGCCUCCAAGCAUCCAUGGCAUACCAAAAAGUACCUUCUAUACUUACCAAGUGGGGUGUUGUGAUAAUUUAAAGAUGCACCACUGUUAUUGUAGUAAGGAGACUGAGGACUUGAACGGUAAGAGGAAAUUCACACUAGAGCCCCUCCCAUUCUCGUUGUUCUCCUACCAAGCCGAAGGGGGACGAGUUUUGGCACUAACGUGUCCCACGCACAUCUAUGGCGCUCAGUCGGCCCAUUCUAAAGUGAAAGUAAGAAAAAAAUCGAACAUCCUAUGAAUGCUAAUGGUAAUACUGACGGAAUUGGAUGGUAUCUGAGGCAGCCGGGCUUCCAGGGGCAUCAACGUUUCUCGGAACAUUCAACUUCACCUCCUUAUCACAAGAGUUAUCUGUCUGUAAAUUGACCACGCCUAUUACUAGUCAACUCUAGUCAGUGUUCCUUUUAUUGGCAAAAGGAAUAAGGCCCUACCCACUUUUGGCAAAGCUUACCGACCGAUAGAGCGCUCGUAGGAGGUGUCUAAAGCCUUUCUUAAGUGGCAGUGUCAAUGGGACAUUCGGUGUAGUUACAUUCCCACCCAAGCCAGAAACAAAGCCACUACAGUCUACCUGUCAAUUUCCCAAACAGCCUGUCUGUCCCAGCAGCAUUUGUUGCGACUGCAGUUGUCUGGCUGCAAAAAGCGCAGCAAAUCGAUGUCUACUCACCGUCACUUUCUGAUGAAGCGCAAGAUACAUAAUCGGCCGUUUUGAGUCUGAUUGGCUGAUAAGUCUGCUGGCUUUUUGAUUCGUUGACUGGUCAGCUGAGGCGACAGUGUCCGCGAUGGGGGAGGGGAACGGGGUGUGGGUGUGUGAACGCGUAAUCCCCCUGGGUCUCCCAAUGCCACUGCUGAAGGACUGCUGCGCGUGCGUCCGUGCGCGCUCGCGUUAACGGACGCCUAAUCCGCUGGACGUAACUGCAACCUGUCCGGUUUUCUUCGGGAAAUGAGCUCAAGUGGACUCUGCCUAAUUAAUCACUCUCACCAGUGAGUCAUUUAAGUUACACACGCCCGUCCCUUUCGCCAAUAACCCCUGGGAAUAAGCCAGCUUUGAUGACUGGACAACGGCAGGGAAAUUGAUACAAUGCGGCAGAGAACGGACCGGUGAGGUCAAACCCACAUUGUAUGAAAGAGUGGGUAAGGAUUGGGUUCUCUUUGUGCCAGUUGACGCCGCAAGGGAUUGAAAGCCUCAGCCACAAUGCUUCCGGGAAAAAACGUCAUAUAAGCAGGCGUUUGUGGGACGUAAGACCGUGGUGGCACGGAUCCCGAUCCUUUAACUUUUGUCCACCUGGCCUUGGCACAGGGACCUAUAAACUGCAGUCGAGGUCGUUCUUUAAUAUUAUGUUGCAUCCCAGGAAAAUCCUGACUGCCGAGGAACUCUCGAGUAGAUGGCUUCAAGCAGCGGAACCCGUGGCGUAAUGUGUACAGCGUGGUCUCGCUCAUUAAGUGUCGGAAUUCUGGCCCCACCUCGACGAUUUUUUUCUUGAUGACAUUUAUCUACCAAUGUCAAAACAGAUCGAAGGACAGAGGUGUGGUGGCCGCCUCCCUUGAUCUAAGUAGAACUUCCGGCUGACUUGAUUACCGAGUGUAAAUUGGAGAACUCCGGGAUAUUGCCUAGCUGAAAAUACGACUGAUUCGAAUAAAAGUUCCCUAGCCCAUAGGACAUUCCUACGGAAGUAUAUGCGAUACU